UGUAUGGCUGGUGUUUGAUGGAGAAUUUCCGGUCAGGUGAACUAUGUUUUGAUCGUGAAUUAAUUUUCCAUAGUUUAUUUAUUAAUUGACCAUUUUUAUUACGGAUUAAAUUUUAAACAACAUAUUAUUUAUUUGAAAUGAACUCUUUUGGUACCGAUCCAGUUUUCGUGUAUUGUUAAGUGGUUUUGUUGAAUCUCAGUUUCUUACCAGUUGAAUGUAAACAAAAAUUGGACUGUUGUUUCUAAAUCAUCUUAUGUUGACAUUCUUAUUUCAUGUAAAAAGGUGAUGUCUUUUCAAAAUGAAUGUUUUUCCCAAAGAAGCUCCUAUUUACGGAGGUGGAAAAAUAAUUGUGGAACUUUAUAAUGAGCUACCUACUGAAGGUUCAAGUUAUUUUUUAGUUUUUAAAGGAUCACAGCAAAGACAUACAAUAUGUGCAGAUCCAACUUGGAAUAAUAGUUUUCUACAACUUUGUGCUGCAGUACCAAGUCACGCGACAGCCGAGGAAGUGGAGCUGUCGGCUUAUGUGUCGUCGGGCAUUGGCGUGGUCCGCGUGGCCUCGACCGACUUCCAAUACGAGAAUGACUCGGCUCAGCAGAUGGCUGCUUUCCUCCUGGGCAGCGUAGACAACCUCAAGGACCUGGGCAACUGCGGUGAACGAUUCCACUUAGCACCACGCGACCAGACCGACCUGGACGAACGACUGACGGCGGCAUUCAAAACAUUCCAACUGCCACAAUGUUGGAGUAUGAUGGGCACAGAUCUGAGAGGUACAGAAGCAGCUGAAAGAUUGCUCCAUUUCUCUGCCCGCUUAGGACUGACGCAGUUGACGACGCACUUUCUCACUCUGCCUGGAAGUCAGGUUGCCCUCUCGUCGCAAAACCACGAGCGACUGCUGCCUGAAGAGCUAGCCUUCAAAAAUGGCUUCCACGACUUAGGGCAGCUGUUGCAAUAUUACAGAAAGCAAAGUACUGUUUUUCAUCCUUAUAAGGCAGUUUUAGAACAAAAAGAAGAAAGACAGCCUUUGGUAAUCACUACAGAUAUUAAACGAAGCUCAAGAGAAAUAGAAAAUGAUAUCCAAGAGCUGAUGAAGAAGAAAUUAUAUUUAUCUGAUUUGGAAUCUGACGACGGCGAUUCAGAAAACAUGAAAGAAUUAAAUACCACAAAAAACGGAAAUCUUUUCCAAGAUCUGAGUUCAAAACUUAAAGAUGUGCAUAUGUUCAAUACUGCAAAUCGGUCAGCAUCUUUACCGAGACAGGUGUUUCGAAAUCAAGCUCCUCGUUAUCAAGGCAGGGUUCUUGAGGAUAAUCUGCGAAGAAUUCGAGACAUCCACGAAGGAAUACAAAGGCUGAGAGAGCUGAAUACUAAGCAGAUUGUGGUUCAUUCCACGAAAAAUGGUCCAGCCCGAUUAAGCAACUCUUGCCCAGCUUUGUAUAUGACAUCGGGAGAUGAGACAAGUAUCCAUUUAGAUGGAGCCUCUAUCACUAUGAGAAACAUCCAGCAUAGGAGGACAUCACUAUCUUCCAACUCCCAUUCUCUUGAUUCUACUUUCAUUGAAUCCUUCAAUGUCAAAAUCCAUGUGAAUGAUCUGACCCCAGCACCUUCUCAAGAAUUUCUGAAUCUCUGUUCACCCCUCAGUGAAAGUGAUUGCUCCCAUUCUGGUAAACUAUUAUAUGAUGGUUCAAAUAUUAGCAAGAAGUCUAAUAUUGGAGGCACAGCAUCAAAACGUCUUGCCAAAAGAUCUAAUAAGAAAACUCCAACUCGGAGACAAAGCUGGUCAUCUUUGGGUGCUGUUGAGUCUCCAGAAGAUGAAGGAAAGCAAUUAAUUCAAAGAAGGUGGAGUCUUAGUAGUUUAGAUUCAGAUACUGAAGAUGCUUUCUGCAAGUCAAAUUCUACUUCUAGUUUUAGGUCUAAAAACUCCAGAAUGUAUCAUGCUUCCAGAAAUUCCAAUUUGUCUCAAGUGCCCCGAGAGAAGAUUCGCAACUUUUCUGAUGGAAACUGUGAGGAAUCUUUAUUAUCUAAGUCAUCUAAACAGUCUGCAAGUGUUCCAAGUAUAGGCUGCUCUGCAGCAGAUGCAAAAGAAAAUGUAGAACCCCAAAAAACGCACAGUGUUGGAAGUUUGAGUUCAUCUGCAAAGAACUUUUUAGUUUCUUUUCGAAGUCACCCGCUCCAAAAAUCUUUGUCAACACCAACCAUUACAGUAGAAGAUGGAGUGAAUGAUCAAGCCAAAGAAGAUACAAAUAACAGACAAAGUUUAUGCACAAUGCACCCUUUACCUCUUCAUGACUUAAGUCCACAGAUGCAUGAAUCUUUGGAUGGUGAUGAAAGCACAGCUGAAACACAAUCUUUGACUAUUGUGAGAGAUGUACAGAUGAAUUCCGCUACUGCUGAUAGUGAUGAAGACAAAGUGUUUGUUAAGAGGAAGAAGAGGUCCAGCAUAUUUUUCAAAAAGAAACCUGAUAAGCAUAAGUCAAAAGAAGGAAAGAAAAUGGCUCAUCAGUAUUUUGCAUAUUCUAUGUCUUCAACUCCCUGUGAUGUCUGUCUUAAGCCUCUUAAUAAAAAACAAGGUUUAAAGUGUGAAAAUUGUUUGGUUGUUGUACAUGACAGUGCUUGCAAGGAUCAGGUUAUAGAUUGCAAUAAGUUCAAGCUUCAAAGGGCUCAGAGCAAGUCUAAUUAUGUUUCCUUGACAAGUGCUUCAUCAGUAAAUGGAAAUACAAGCCGUUUACCCCAUUAUCCCAAUCGUUACCUUCAUUUGGUGAGGCCAUUAUCACAAAGCAUGGUUCAUCUAGCAAACCAAAACAAAGGUUCACUGCCAAAUAGCAAAUUCAACUUUACUGUAUCGCAUUCCAAUAUCCCACCUCUUGGAGAAGCUGCUUCUAGGUCUAGUUUUGUAAAUAUUAAUAAAAUGUUUAGCGAAGAGAAGGAUGGAGAUGGUGGCUAUGAAUUGCAUUCAAAUAUGAUGGAAAUUAAUUCUGCUUCUAUGGAAUCAUUAGAUGAAGGUGCUGCUGAGAUUAGUGAUUUAGAAGAUAAUCAGAUUCUCAAAUUAACUGAAGAAGAACCUGAAACAUGGAAUGCCACUGUUGACAAAAAGGUUAUCAAGAAGUUGAAAGACAGAGAAAUAAAAAGACAAGAAGCUAUUUAUGAAUUAAUUAUAACUGAAAAACAUCAUUGCCUCACUUUGGAGAUAAUGCAAAAGGUUUAUGCUCAAGGAAUGAUGAAAGAAUUGAAUGCACCUCGGGAAACUGUAGAUAGAUUAUUUCCAUGUCUUGGAGAUUUAGUUGAACUGCAUAAAGCAUUUUUACACAGACUUAGAGAAAGGCAAAAAGAAGGUCCUGUGAUAGAAGUUAUUUCAGACAUUUUGGCUGAGCAAUUCCAUGACCAAAAAGCUGAACAGAUGAAGGUAGCAUAUGGACAAUUUUGUAGUCAACACAUUGAAUCUCUCAACAUGUAUAAAGAAAUGCUUAAAUCUGACAGAAAAUUCCAAAAUUUUAUUAAGAAAUGUAAAAACAAGAGAUUAUGUAAAACCAGAGGGGUUCCAGAAUGUUUACUUCUAGUCACUCAGAGAAUAACAAAAUACAUCUUAAUUAUUGAAUCAUUAAUGAAGGCUGCUAAAGAAAACAAGGAGGAGCAAGAAACUUUAGAAACAAUAAUGCGGCAUCUAAAAAACAUCAUAUCAAGUGUAGAUGUACAAGUUGCAGACAAGGAAAAGGAAAUUCGAUUGCUUGAAAUAUUCAACAGAAUGGAUGCAAAGACUACAAUAUUUUACCGAGGAAAAAAGUUUAAAAAAUCAGACUUACUAGCUUGUAACCGCAAGUUAAGAAAAGAAGGUCCAAUGACAUGGAGAAGUCCUAGGGGAAAAACUAUUGAUGUUACUGCUGUAUUGCUUUCAGAUUUCAUCUUUUUUCUGCAUGAGAAUAAUCAGAAACUUUUCUUCGCUUCAUUAGAAAACAAACCUGGAAUAGUUUCUCUCCAAAAACUUCUUGCACGUAAAAAGGCUGGUCAAGAUAGUUGUGGCAUUUACUUGAUAUCUUCCAAUCCAAAUGAGCCAGAAAUGAUAGAACUUUUCUGCAAAACUCCAAAAGACCAAAAAGCUUGGAUGGAAGCUAUCAGAGAAGCUAUUGACUUGUGCCCAGAUGAAGAUGAAGGUGUGCCAAGUGAAACUGAAGAAGAAAGAAAAUUAGAAGCUGCAAAGGCAGCUCGUGUGAAACAGCUAACAAGUCUUUUACAUGAGAAAGAUCAGAGUAUUGCUCAUAUAUGUGAAGAUAGAAUGCGCAUUUUAGUUGAUCUGCUGGAAAUGGUUGGCAUAGAAGCAGAGCAAUAUGAAAAUGUAAAAUAUUCUCAUUUGGUUGAGAAUCCACCAGGAAAAGAGUCGAAAGAGCUUAUUUCUUCUGCUAUUAAUAGUGCAUCAAGAUUGGCUAGUAAUUUGUACACAUCUGGUACUAAUCUGAGCCGCAGUGUAAGCAGUGCAGGUGAGCGCCAGAGUGACACAUAUGUAUCUCCAUUGUUGCCAAAAAGAGCGGAAACAUUUGGUGGAUUCGAUAAUCCUACUAAAGAACAAGUUGUUCCUGUUGUUAAAGUUCCAGCAUUUAAGAGGAAGCUUCUUCACUUAAAAGAGCAUACAGAGUUAUCUAUUCUGCCUUCUAAAUCAAAAAUGGAAGACAUCAAUUUAGGCGAAUCAUUAGAAACUGCUUUGCAGAAUUUUGGACUUCAAACAUCUCUUUCAGUGAUUGGAAAAGUACCUUCUAUUUGCGGUAGUCCAGAUAAACAGCAUAGUAAAAAGCAGCUUUUGUCACCAAGUUUCAUUCAGCAUGCUAGCUUUCCUCCUUUCAAAGAAGUUAAUUCUGAAAUAGUGAGCUUAACAACAACACCUCUAUUAAUGACUCAAGGAAAAGAGCAGCUAAUGCAGAUUGUGGAGCUUGCUCAUCACUUGAACACUGUUGUUUGUGCUGUAACACAUUUGUCUUCAUCUUAUGAGAGCACAAAAGUACAGUUAGCAGAAACAGAUUAUAAAUUAACAAAGUUGACCAAAGAAAAAGAAGUUCGAGAUAAAAAGUCUAUGUACAGACCAGAGCAUCAACUGGAGGAACUGCGUAAUUUGCAAAAGCAGCUCAAUCAUGACCGAUCUGCAUGGCAGCAGGAAAAGGCUCAAGCUGAAUCCUCAUUAAAAGCUCAGAGGGAAGAGUUAGAAAAAUUACAGGAGCAGUUAAAAACUGAACAGAUGGAUGUCACACAUCAAAGGGAGCUUUUAUACAGGAAACUUGAUGCGCUUCAAAAGCAGGGCAUCAUUUUAAGUCCUUCACAUAAUGUUGUCAAUCUUAACAGUUGCAAUACGCGAGACUCUGAUGCUAAAGAUGAACAGCACAGUGGAACUGCAAUCUCUGAAAGUAUUCAUCCCUCAGCAAAUGACUUUUCUCAUAGACGCACAGUUUCUUAUGAUUUGGGCCAAGAUCGAUCUGAGGAACAUAUUCCUUAUGUAUCAUCUGGGUCCAGUUCUGCUGCACCUUCUCACCGAAUAGAUUCCAAGAACAGACCUGCUCUUAAUAUAGGUGGUGGUGCAGGGACUGGCAAAGUUGUUCCUCUGCAUCUAUCCAAUAGUGCCACUAACAUGCAAAAGCGGCAAUCAGUUGCCGUUCAACCGGUGAAGCAGCAGUUACCUUUGAAACUUGCUAACACUCACUCAGCAAAUGGUGCCACCAUUGCUGUGAGUCAGGCUGGACCACAACAGGUUUUACCAAUGAAACUUGCCCUGGGAUCACUGCAGCCAGGAGCUCAGACUUUGAAUGCAGCAGAAGGGAAGAAUGCUGCACCUAAGAGGUCUCAUAGUGCAGCAAGUAGCCCAUCGUCUACUUUAACGACCCCUGUGCAUGUGCGAGGUGGAAGCAGCCCAGCACUGGUUCAGUCCACGUCACCAACUAACACUACAAUUUCACCCAAAUACAAGGCUGAGAACAGCAUCUUGCAUCAUUUAAAACUUGCUAGUGAAAAGACAAAGAACAAAAAAGAUGAUAGCAACAAGGAAAUCUUUUGUUGAAGAGAAAAUGUGGCUUAUUUUGUGAAAUUCAAUUUGAAAGCCCUUUGUAUGAGGAAGCAAAGUGUUUAAAACUGAUGCUGGUCAUCGUACACUUCAGUCCUCUGGCUGUAUGUAUCUUCACGGAUUUAUGUGUUGUUGGAAGCAUGCACCAGUGCAAGAAACUGCAGGAAGGAGUAAAUUUCUUACAUCUUUGAGUGCAAAUUAGAUAUUUUCCCAACCAAAACCAGUCUUAAUGUGUUGGGAGUAGCCAAUUGUGUGUAUAUAUUUGUAUGUGUUCAGUAUGAGUUAAUUUUUGUAUAUAUAUUUAUAUAAUACAUUGCACCUUAACUUGUUUGAGCUGUAGAAUGUCAGUUUAUAGACCCUACAUAAUUUUUCUUUUCUAGGGACCAAUUAUGUACAAUAUUCAUAACUAUAAACAGUGUGAUAUUGUUUGUGAAACAGAACACUUAAUUUUUGUACAGAUAGCACUAACUUUUUAUGUUUUUUUUUUUACAUAAUUGUGUAUAUUUCAUAAUUUAAAGUAGGGAUUAUUAUCAUGCAAAACAUUUUUUUAAUGUGGCUCAGCACAUAUUUUCUUGCACAAUAGCCAUUUGAGUAAGUUAUCGUAUGGAAUUCUGUAGUUGUGUAGCUUUUUUAAAAACGUAUCCAUGAAAAGAAAAAUAUAGUUACCUACAAAACAAUAGUUAGAGCAAAAACUGCUGUAGAUAAUUAUUCCAGUUGACUUAUUAAACAUAUCAAAUAAAACUUUUAAUUGUUUUAGCUGAAAAGAGAUAUAGUUUAAAAUUUCUUAAUCAUAUAGGUUUCUGCUAUCUGCUUUGUUUGUACUUAAUAUUGGUUAAAUUCAGUAACAGAAAUAUGCAUUAGUUAGUAAAUCAUAAUACUUUAUACAUAAAUUAGUCUUACGAUUUUAAUUUAGUGUGAUAAAUUUUUUUAUUGAAUUAUACUGCAAAGUGGGUUUUUAAUAGGAUCUUUUUAAGUAAUUUUAUUUCAAAUUAAAAUAUGCAUCUGUAUUAGAAGCAUAUCUGAAUAUAAAUAUUUUUUUUUAAUUUAACAGACUUAUUUGAUAAAUUGCAUCUCUUAAGAAUAAAAAAUUCAAAUUUGCCUUAAUCUUCAUUUUUUUAAUCAAUUUUCUUGCAAUGGGUUUUAAUCUUUAAGUAUGACUACUUUGUAAAAUCUUAUAAAAAUGCUAUGUAAGUGUGUAUUCAUGGCUUGAAAUGGUAUCAGGUCUUUAAUUUUGAAGUCUUAAGAACUUUUGAAUUUUUUUUUUUUUUUUAACAAAUCAAUCCUAGUAAAUAAAAUGCAUUUUAGAAUUAGAAAAAUCAAGGACAUAAGUCUGUGAUUUGAGGACCUAUAGAGUACACACAUGUAAUUUAGUGCAACACUUGAAAUUUCUUAAAUUUUUCUAACAAAUAUUCAUUUGUUAGAAAACAAGAUGUUGCAAUCAGUUGAUCGCUUCCUCCUUAUGUGUAGAGUUGUUUGAUAGUUCCACCAAAUGUGCAUUUGUAAUUUUUGGAAAGUUUUCAAUAUAUGUGCCUAAGGUCCCCACUUCAAAGUUGUAUUUUAUAUUUUUAUUUUAAAUUUAUUAAUUUCAAUUUGAUUUUGCUUGGAUUUUUCUUUAUUGUUACAUUAUUGUACUGUUGCAUUUAAGGUAUGAUUUAUUUACAAAAUUUAGAUGUAGACAAGAAUUCUAAUUGACAUGACCAUAAAUACUUUUUUAUUAGUUGAUAAUUGAUAUGAAUAGACUGUAUUACAAUUUGCUUUAAAAAAAUUAAUGAAAACAAUAAAAAAAAGUGCAAUAGAAUUUUUUCCUUAUUAUACUUAACCUUUUAAAAACUUUUUGCUUAUUUUAAGAAAAGAUGUAUUCAAAAUUUGUUUAUUUUUUUCAUUAAAAUUUUUUUUUAAAUCAUAAAAACUUUUUUUUAUGCUCUAUGCUGCUUGAAAAUUUUUUCAAACAGAUAAAAUUAUUAUUUUACUGAGUAGUUUUAAGGUCAUUUAACUAUUUUCCUAAUAAAAUGAAAAAAGUAGAUCAGUCACAAACUUUAAAAAAAUAUUUUAUGAUAUUUAAUAUUACUUAAUAAAAAAGUCGUAAUUUAAUUUUUCGUUUUUUUAAUCUUUUAAUAAUUAAUUAUUGUUGGUUUUUAUUGAUUAUUUUCAAAUCAUUCCUCAUUGUCUUAUAUAAAAAAAAAUUUUUUUCUCCUUAAAAUAAGCUUAUUAUAUAUUUUAAUUAGAAAGUUGAUUAAUUUUGGCUUUAAAUUCUUUAACCAUUUAGUUGAUUUUGCCAAAAAUGUAUAUUGCAUUUUUCGUAUAUAAUAGACAUUUGAUUUACAAUUAAGGUGUUUCAAAUUUUUUUCAGUACGACUAUAGUGCCAUUUCACACAUAUGCUUACAUAUAUGAAAAGAAGUUGGUCAUCAUUGUUUUGUUAUUCUUAGAAUAUACUUUGGAAAUUUUGAUUAAAUUUAAAGUUUUAAAAUAAAAAAACCCAGUUAUAUUUGCAUCUAAGUAACUCUUUAAUCUGAGAUUAAUGCAGAAAAAUAGUGAUGUAACUGAAUUUAGUAAUGGCUUGUAAAUUGAGCAACAUGUAUUGAAUUUUCUGAAACACUUCUAGCUUCUUUUCGUAUAUGCAUGUGUAUCUGACAUCUCCAUUUGUAUUCAUAUUUGAGUGCUGUAUUAUUUAUGCUUCAAAGUGAAAUCUUGGUAAUGCAGUGUAGUAUUUAUUGUACUGAAAGGUAAUAAAAUUGUCCAAACUAGAAAUGCUAAAACUGGUGAUGGGUUUAAUAAAUAAUAGUUGUUUUUUCUGUCCGAUGCAAAGGAAAUGUUACUUCAUAAAUCUUGUUGUAUUUCUAUUUUGUUUCAAAUAAAUUGAUUUACAGUCUGUGA